UGCCUUAGUUAUUUCCAUGGAUAUUCUUCAGAACUCCAUCUCCAUAACAGCCAUAAUUCUUUCACUUGUCUUUUGUGUGUUCAUACUUCUUCUUCUGACCAACAAAUUAAAUGGAAAAAAGAGAUACCAUCCAGUUGGCGGCACCAUUUUUAAUCAUCUCAUCAACUUCCACAGGUUGCACCAUUACAUGACUGAUCUUGCUGGCAAGUACAAGACUUACAGAUUGGUUAGCCCUUUCAGGAAUGAUAUUUUUACUUCUGACCCUGCUAACGUUGAAUACAUUCUCAAAACAAACUUUGAAAAUUAUGGCAAGGGAAGGUAUAGUUACAACAUCCUAAAGGACCUGUUCGGGGAUGGGAUUUUCACAGUUGAUGGUGAUAAGUGGCGGGAGCAGAGGAAGUUUUUGAGCCACGAGUUCUCCGCAAGGAUCUUGAGGGAUUUUAGCAGUGUGGUAUUCAGAAAAGAUGCAGCAAAGUUAGCCCAUAUAUUGUCUGAAGCUGUCAAAUCCAGCAAGAUAAUAGACAUUCAAGAUCUGUUCAUGAAAGCAACUCUAGAUUCUAUAUUCAGAAUUGCCUUCGGAGUUGAGCUAGACAGCAUGUGUGGUUCAAAUGAUGAAGGCAAAAAAUUUAUCAAUGCAUUUGACGAUGCAAGUGAAUUGACACUUUGGAGAUUUGUUGAUAUCUUAUGGAAGAUUAAAAGAUUUCUCAAUAUCGGAUCAGAAGCCAAGUUAAGAGACAAUAUAAGAACUAUUGAUGAGUUUGUUUAUAAGCUGAUCCACAGAAAAACUGAACAGAUGAGCAAACCAGAAGCUGAUUUAUCUUUGCAAUGGAAGAAAGAAGACAUUUUGUCAAGGUUUCUUCAAAUAGCUGAAACAGAUCCAAAGUAUUUGCGUGAUAUAAUAUUGAACUUCAUAAUAGCAGGCAAAGAUACAACAGCAACCACCCUUUCUUGGUUCAUAUAUGUGCUAUGCAAAUAUCCUCAUGUACAGGAGAAAGUAGCACAGGAUAUUAAAGAAGCAACAAAUGAGAAACAAGCUGCAACAGACAUAAUGGAUUUUGCUGCCAAUGUGAGUGAAGAUGCCCUUGAAAAGAUGCAAUAUCUUCAUGCAGCAUUGACCGAGACUCUUAGGCUCUAUCCUGCAGUUCCAGUGAAUGGAAAAAUAUGUUUUUCGGAUGACACCUUACCAGAUGGAUUCAAUGUGAACAAAGGGGACAUAGUGGCUUACCAAUCAUAUGCAAUGGGAAGAAUGAAAUUUAUAUGGGGUGAUGAUGCAGAAGAAUAUAAACCAGAGAGAUGGCUUGAUGGGGAUGGUUUCUUCAGGCCUGAGAACCCCUUCAAAUUUACAGCUUUCCAGGCAGGGCCAAGGAUCUGCUUGGGGAAGGAAUUUGCCUAUAGGCAAAUGAAGAUAUCAUCUGCUUUGUUGUUACGUUACUUCGUUUUCAGGUUGAGUGAUGACAAGAAGACUGUCAACUACAGAACAAUGAUAAAUCUUCAUAUUGAUGGGGGAUUGCAUGUUCGCGUCUUUCACAGAUAGUGAAAUUAGAAAGACUUUACAAUAAUAUUUAUAUUGUAUAUUAGUAUUACUCCAAUUCUGCCAGAAUGUUGUUUAUGACAUCAAUAUACAAAAUAAGCCUAUCAAGUACCAAAUAACAUGGAAAUAAAGUUUGCUGUCUAUGGGACGUAGCAUUGUUACACAUUCACAUUUACAUUGUUUUACCUUCUUGCCAUGCCUGUUUGAGA